CAGAAGACGUAAUUAGGAGCUGGCGUUAUAUACGUCAACAAAUAGAAUAAUAAUAAAUUGAAAUUGGGUGCAUAUUUCCAGUCUCGUUAUAUUGAAAAAUUUCAGUCUUGGUAAUUAAAAUUUUCCAAUAAAGUAUGUCGUCUACAAAGUUAGGCCGAACUUCUAGCAGUACGCGAACUAGGCCUGGAUCAUUAGGCAAUACUGCGCCUGGUACUACAAUGGGCACGACAGGAAGCGUUAUGGUGUGCAAGCCAACAAAACGAAUGAAAGAUCAAAAUGAAUAUUACACCACACAUGGAUUUGUAAUUAUCGGGAUGUUACCCUUCAUCCCCCGCCAUGAACGUGAAAUGGUUGAAAGAUGGAUGGCCAAGCUUGAAACUAUGAAUAAAAACGACGAAGAAAGACGCAUACGGAACGACUAUGUUUGGUUUUUGCUGGUUCAGCUGGAAAAUGGGGCUGUCACUUUACCUUUUGUACAACCUCCUCCUGAAGGACGAUUAGCUCCAGUCGCGAAGUCAGUUGACAAGGCCGUCUAUGAAGAAAUAUUGCAAGCAGCAAAUAAACGCGCUUCGCGAAUAGAAGACGAAGAAAUAAACAAACAACCAGAUGUGAAAACAGUCGAUUUUGAAGGCUUAGAAGAGGAGGAUCCUAGCAAGAUUAAGCCUGAGGAGUUUCUUAAUAAGCAACCAGUUCCGAAAUUUGGAUUCAUCGUUUACGGUAGCUGUUUUAGUGAUCAAAGUGUAGGUUAUAAGUAGAUUAAGUGAUUGCAUGAGCAAUGUAGGAUUAUUUUGUUAACAUAUCUUGGAAAAUAUAAUAAAUAUUGGUAAUAUCUGAA